CGUUGCUUUCUCCCUUUCAAUGUUCAAGAAUAUCGCUGUCCCCUUCUCUUCCUCUCCUCUUCAACUCACUUCCUUCCUCUCAUCCUCCUCAUCAUCAUCGUUACGCACCCCUGUUGCUUCCGGCGUCCUCCAAAGUGCCCGCAUCUGCCGAAGAAAUAAGUCCGAACUAUCUCCAGUGAUCGGGAGUCGAGUGACAGGCCCCUCCAAGCUACCCCGCGUGCAUAAUAAAUCGACAUCAUCGGCCGCCCGUAUCUUUCCCGCCCAAUUUCUCCCUUCUCCUUCUCAACUCAUCUCUCAGACAUCCAAACACUCAUACGCCACAAUGUCUGCCGAUACCGUUGGAAAGACCAUUACUUGCAAGGCUGCCGUCGCCUGGGAGGCUGGCAAGGACCUCUCCAUUGAGGACAUUGAAGUUGCCGCUCCCAAGGCCGGCGAGGUCAGAAUCCAGAUCUACUACACUGGUGUCUGCCAUACGGAUGCCUACACUCUCUCGGGCAAGGAUCCUGAGGGUGCUUUCCCCAUUGUCCUUGGACACGAGGGUGCCGGUAUUGUCGAGUCCGUCGGCGAGGGCGUCACCAACGUGAAGGCUGGUGACAACGUUGUUGCUCUNCUAUGCAAGGAGUGCAAGUUCUGCAAGUCUGGCAAGACCAACCUCUGUGGCAAGAUCAGAGCCACCCAGGGCAAGGGUGUCAUGCCUGACGGAACCUCGCGUUUCAAGUGCAAGGGCAAGGAUCUCCUCCACUUCAUGGGUACCUCGACCUUCUCGCAGUACACUGUCGUUGCCGACAUCUCGGUCGUCAAGAUCACCGACAAGGCCCCUAUGGACCGCACCUGCUUGCUCGGCUGUGGCAUCACCACCGGUUACGGUGCUGCUGUCAUCACUGCUGGCAAGGGCGGUGUCGAGAAGGGCUCUAACGUUGCCGUCUUCGGUGCCGGCUGUGUCGGUCUCUCGGUCAUCCAAGGUUGUGUCAAGAACGGCUCUUCCAAGAUCAUUGUCGUCGAUGUCAACAACAGCAAGAAGGAGUGGGCCGAGAAGUUCGGUGCCACUGACUUUGUCAACCCCAUGGAGCUCAAGGAUCAGACCAUCCAGGAGAAGCUCAUUGAAAUGACUGACGGUGGUUGCGACUACACCUUCGACUGCACUGGUAACGUCCACGUCAUGAGAUCCGCUCUCGAGGCUUGCCACAAGGGUUGGGGUGAGAGCAUCGUCAUUGGUGUUGCCGCCGCUGGACAGGAGAUUUCCACCAGACCUUUCCAACUCGUCACUGGCCGUGUUUGGAAGGGAUGUGCCUUCGGUGGUGUCAAGGGUCGCACCCAGCUUCCCGACCUCGUCGACGACUACAUGACCGGCAAGCUCAAGGUCGACGAGUUCAUCACCCACAGACAACCUCUCGACAAGAUCAACGCCGCCUUCCAGGACAUGAAGGCUGGUGACUGCAUUCGCUGCGUCGUCAACAUGCGCGAG